UCCUCGGCUGUGGCGGAAUGGACUGCCUGAACUUUCACCGUGAUGUCCUCUGACAGAAUAUGUGGCCGUGUGUGAAUGUGUUGUAACUGUGUGUGUGUGUGUGUGUUUUGUGUGUGCGUGUGUGCAUGUGUAAGAGGGAGGCAUACAUGUACCCGCAUGCCCCACAAUGGCUCUGAACCGAGUGUCUCAACUCUGCCACGAUAUCACCAGGCUGUGGCUGCAGCUGAAGAUGAUGACAGAUGACAUCCUGCAGAGGGAGGAUGGUCCUCUGUGUGCAGCAGAAAUUGGCUCUGAACUCCAGAAACAGUUUGCCAUCCUGCCAGGGGGCCGCGGGAUGGACGGCAACCCCAUCAUCGUCUUCCCUGAAUUCCCAGCUUUCAACGAGCUAGAGGAGGAGGAGGUCCAAAAUGUCCUCAGCUACCUCACCAGCGUCCCCAGUGUUGCAGCAUCAGGAGUGGGAUUCAUCCUGGUCAUCGACAGACGACUGGACCGAUGGGCUGCCGUCAGGGCUACCCUGCUCCGCAUCGCAGGCUCAUUUCCAGGGAACUUGCACUUGGUUCUGGUGUUGCGUCCCACUACUUUGUUCCAGCGGACUCUGUCAGACUUCCUGUUCAAGUACAACAGGGAUGAGUUCAAAAUGAAGGUGGUGAUGCUGAGUUCGGUGACUGAGCUCCAUGCUUAUAUCGACCCAGGACAACUGACCACAGAGCUGGGAGGCACACAGGAAUACUGCCAUGACAGCUGGAUCUCACACCGCACUGCAAUCGAGGCCUUCGCUCUCAUGGUGAAGACCACGGCUCAGACUCUGCAGGCGUUUGGCACUGAGCUCGCAGAGACAGAGUUACCCAAUGACGCCGAGGCCACCACCAACCUGCUGCACACGCACACACUGAAGAAGGAUAAAAUGAAGGAGGACCUGCAGGUGGCGCUGUCUCAAGGAGGACACCUGUUGGACUGUAUCAAAGAGCCUCUACAGACAGACCCCGAAUACAACAUGACCCACGAUGAACUGGACAACUUAGCUACUGUACAGAGACUCCUGGGUCAGCUGGACGAAACGGAGACGGCGUUCGAUGACUUCUGGGAGCGUCACUGCACUAAGCUGGAACAGUGUUUGCAGCUGCGCCAUUUUGAACAGCACUUCCGUGAAGUGCGCGCCCUGCUUGAUGUGACGUCAGAGAGGCUGUCGGGUUUCUCUGAGGUCAGCGUAAGCCCCGCCCAUGCUGAGCACGUCCUCCGAGAGCUCGGCAGCCAUGAGGACAGAGCCUGUGAUGUACUGGACCGUGCCUUGUCCCUGGCCUGUGAAGGCGACAGGCUGAUAGAAAACUCGCACUAUGCCGAGGACUCCAUCAGGCUGAAGUGCAGCGAGCUGAGGGGAGUGUGUGAGGAGAUCAGCUCCACACUGAGGAGCAAGAAGAACCUCCUACUCAGGGCGAUGGAGCUCCACCACGCUCUGGAGAAGGCAUCGCGGUGGUGUGAGGACGGCAUCUUCCUGUUGGCCAGCCAGCCUGUGGACCGCUGUCAGUCUCAGGACGGAGCUGAAGCAGCUCUGCAGGAACUGGAGCGGUACCUGGACACAGCACCGCUCCACACCCUCACUGACCGCAGCGCCAUCUGCUGCCAGUACGAGGCGGUGCUCACUACUCAGCUCAGGGACCAGGUGGAGAGAGUUUUCCAGAAGCAAAGCUCAGUCCAGGAGAUGUUCGAGAAGAGACGCGUCAGCUUGAAGAAACUCGCCGCCAAGCAGACCAGACCAGUCCAACCAGUAGCACCAAGACCUGAAGUGAAGUCUCCACAAUCCUCUCCCAAUCAACAGAGGAAAGAGAGGAGAUACUCUGCAGAUAACGCCAUCUGCAAGAAGGUGGAGUCUCCCAUACACAACGGCGGCACCAGACACGCUUCUCUCUCAGAAGAAGAAGAAAACCUGGCAGUGCUUCGGCGUCACGUGAUGAACGAACUGCUGGAGACGGAGAGAGCGUAUGUGGAGGAGCUGCUGUGUGUGCUGGAGGGCUAUGCAGCAGAGAUGGACAACCCCGCCAUGGCUCACCUCAUCCCCAGCACCCUGCUCAGCAAGAAAGACGUCCUGUUUGGAAACAUGUCGGAAAUCCACCAGUUUCAUAAGAGGACGUUUCUAAAGGAGCUGGAAGCGUACACUGACUGCCCAGAACUGGUGGGCCGCUGCUUUUUAGAACGGAUGAAGGACCUGCAGAUCUACGAGGCUUACUGCCAGAAUAAACCUCGCUCUGAGAGCUUGUGGAGACAGUGCUCCGACUGUGCCUUCUUCCAGGAGUGCCAGAAGAAACUGGAACAUAAACUUGGUUUGGACUCCUACCUCCUUAAACCUGUCCAGAGAAUCACCAAGUACCAGCUACUGCUUAAGGAGUUGUUGAAGUACAGUAAAGGCUGUGACGGCUGCGAUGACCUACAGGAAGCUCUCUCCUCUAUUCUGGGGAUCCUUAAAGCUGUUAAUGACUCCAUGCACCUCAUCGCCAUCACAGGAUACGAGGGUAACCUGUCAGAGCUGGGCCGCCUGCUGAUGCAAGGCUCCUUCAGCGUGUGGACGGAGCAUAAAAAAGGUCACGCCAAGGUCAAGGACCUGGCCCGGUUCAAGCCAAUGCAGAGGCACCUGUUCCUGCACGAGAAGGCCCUGCUCUUCUGUAAGAGGAGGGAGGAGAACGGCGAGGGCUACGAGAAAGCGCCAUCGUACAGCUUCAAACACUCGCUCAGUAUGAGCGCAGUGGGAAUAACAGAGAAUGCUAAAGGAGACAACAAGAAGUUUGAGAUUUGGUGCAACUCCAGAGAAGAAGUGUUUAUAGUCCAGGCUCCAACACCAGAGAUUAAAACAGCGUGGGUGAAUGAGAUCCGUAAAGUCCUGACACAACAGCUCAAAGCCUGCAGAGAUGCCAGUCAGCAGAAGAACUUGGACUCUGUUUCCCUGAGUCCCACCAGCAACAACAGCUCCAUCUCACUCAGUCCCUUCCGUAGCAGCGGUCAGAAGAGCCAGAAGAAGCAGGAUGAGAAGAAGGCCGAGCCAGGCCCGACCCCCGACGCCAACUCCUCUUCCUCGCCGAAACACAAAGGCUGGAGCAAGGCGUCUCUCUCCGCGGACGCCUCAGAGGAGAAUGACGGCUACUCCAGCGGCGAGGACCCCAUGAACUCUGACCCUGAGGAUGACGUAGGAAAGAAGCUGGCUCCAGGAAAGUAUACCGUGGUAGCAGACUGCGAGAAGGCGGGACCUCAGGAACUGUCUGUCAAGAGUGGAGACGUGGUCCAGCUAAUCAGAGAAGGAGAGGAUGGACAGUGGUUUGUGAGGAACCUCCGCAGCUGUAAGGAGGGUUGGGUGGCAGCGGCGAACCUCCUCAGCCUCAUCUCAGAGUCUAAAUCAUCCCAGUCACUCAGCAGCUCAGAUGGCAGCGUCUCUGGGAACCUCAGCACUUCUUCAAGCUGCAGUGAGACCUACACCAGCUUUUCUGACAUCAAACCCUGACCCCCCCCACCUCGCCCCAUCCCUCCACCUACAACCAUUCCCAGGUGGAGUUACAAAAAACCUGAAGCCGACUCUUGACAGGAGAACAGAAUCUCAGUGUCCUUUUUUAUAUCACACAGACGCACCUCACAGUUUGUCGGAUCCGACCAAAAACCAGUAUUUACAGUCACCUGUUCCUAUCUGCAAAUGAAAUACAGCCUAUUUCCACUGGGUAGUGUUAUUCCCUCAUUUGAAUUAUUUUCUUUUUACCUUCAAAAACAUCCAUAUUUUGCUAGAAUCCUUCAUUCCAGAGGCAGAAAACUCAGAUAAAAUGAAAAGAUCAGGGAAAAAUGGUUCCUCAACAGACAUGUUAAGGCAUGUGAUCAAUCAACUCCUGUCAGGCCUUGUGAUUAUGUAGCAUGGAAGUAGACGCAUCUAAUUAUCUGCACUAAAUACAAGGUGUCGGCAGCUUUCCAAAGCCGCUGGUGUCAAACUCGUGUAACCCCUUCAAGUCGACGACAUAACUGCAUCGCUAUAGAUUCUUUGUGUGAAACAUCCGCAGGUACCAUCAGCCCUGGCAUUUCACAUAACACGUCGACUUUAGUGUCAGACAUUUAAUUGUACACUGUGAAAACUGGCAGCUGGCUGCAACAGGAGAAAAAGAAAAAGAAGAAGAAAAAAAAAAGCUUUCAGUGCAUCUUGGAGCAUCACUGAGCAGGUUCAGGGCAAGUCACUGGAAGUCUUGUAAACUUUCUUUUACUUUGUACGUGGGAUGCAUUCAGGGUGUUAAAUCCCUGUAGUAUCAAAGCAGAAUGCUGUAUUCAUCCCACAUUUUCUAAUUAAGAGCUUCCCUUCACCCUUGCUUUAUGGUAUUAAUUACAAUUUAAGCGACACAAACGCACCGCUAGGUGAAUGUCACCAACAGCCCUACCUGGUGGUCACGUGUCUUGCACUUCUCCAACAAAGCGAGCGGCAGCUUGAAGCAACUUUUUUUCUUUUCUUUUUUUUUUUGAUAAGAGGGAUUGUCUAACUCGCCUCUGAACUGCUCUGGAUUUACCUCUCAGGAAGCCCAAGAAGUUGCGUGGGCAGGCAGGUGCGACUGCAUACCUGCUUGUGUCGACUUAAUGUCUGUGUGUGUGUGUGUGUGUGUGUGUGUCUGUAUGUGUGUGUGUCUGUAUGUGUGUGUGCAUUGUUGCGUGUUGUUGGGCGCAAAUCCAACAUGCUUAUGUCGCAAACCCUCAGAAAGGCUGUUAAACCACAAAUACCAGUUGAAACAGAUUUAUACACAAGGAAUUACAGCAUUGUUUACGCUGUAAUGUGGUGAUAAUAGUGGGAUCAGUGUUAUGCAUUCACCUGCUGGGGUUUUUUUCUUUUCUUUUUUUUUUUUUAAAGUGGUCCAAGGCUCCCACAAACGCAGAUGCACAUAGAUCUGAGUAUUCUGUGCACAUACAGUAACGGUGUAUUGUGUUUUUGUGUCAGGGCCACUCUGCUCACCUGUCUGCGGGCUGCAGCAAAACCAGGCUUUGUCCUCUUCCUCUGCUCCCAGCCCCACUGAGGCAUGUGACACUAGCCGCUUCUCAGCUAGCAGGGCUAACCAGGGCCCAGACCUGCUCAACAUGUUUGCACCGACAGCAAUAUCUGUUUACCUGACACCGCAAUGUAGCUGGGUUAUGGUAGUAGUGGAGUCACAAGGUGCAAAAAAAAAAAAAAAAAAAGUCUGACUAUCGGUGUGAAUUGCACAGCAGGGGUGGUGACAUAGCUGAGCCCUGAUUGGCCCUGAUUGGUCUGGUUUCACAAUGGAAAGGAGGAUGUUGAUACAGGUUGAUAGCACAACCAGCUGCUAUGACACACCUCUUCACACACACACACACACACACACACACACACACACACACACACACACACACA